CGGCGCCGUGUGACUUCGGGCUGUGGACUCGCUCGCGGCUCUUCGGCCAUGGUUUUCUCAAACAAUGAUGAAGGCCUUAUUAACAAAAAGUUACCCAAAGAACUUCUCUUAAGAAUGCUGUUCAGCUUGUUGUUAAAUUUUACUUGGUCUAAUCCAGAAUGUACUAAGUAUGUACAUAGCAUUGAUCUGGAUUCUUUUUGUAAUGUGGGUCGAGUGGUGGAAAAUAUCUCGAAGCGAUGUGGUGGAUUCCUGAGGAAGCUCAGCUUGCGAGGCUGCAUUGGUGUUGGGGAUUCUUCCUUGAAGACCUUUGCACAGAACUGCCGAAACAUUGAACAUUUAAAUCUCAAUGGGUGCACAAAAAUCACUGACAGCACGUGUUAUAGCCUUAGCAGAUUCUGUUCCAAGCUGAAACAUCUGGAUUUGACCUCCUGUGUGUCUAUUACAAACAGCUCCUUAAAGGGGAUCAGUGAGGGCUGCCGAAACCUUGAGUACCUGAACCUCUCUUGGUGUGAUCAGAUCACUAAGGAUGGCAUCGAGGCUCUGGUGCGAGGCUGUCGAGGCCUGAAAGCCCUGCUCCUCAGGGGCUGUACACAGUUAGAAGACGAAGCUCUGAAACACAUUCAGAAUUACUGCCAUGAGCUCGUGAGCCUCAACUUACAGUCCUGCUCACGCAUCACAGACGAAGGUGUGGUGCAGAUAUGCAGGGGCUGCCACCGGCUGCAGGCCCUCUGCCUCUCGGGUUGCAGCAACCUCACAGAUGCCUCUCUUACAGCCCUGGGUUUGAACUGCCCGAGACUGCAAAUUUUGGAGGCUGCACGAUGCUCCCAUUUGACUGAUGCAGGCUUUACACUUUUAGCUCGGAAUUGCCAUGACCUGGAGAAGAUGGAUCUUGAAGAAUGCAUCCUGAUAACCGACAGCACACUCAUCCAGCUCUCCAUUCACUGUCCUAAACUGCAAGCCUUGAGCCUGUCCCACUGUGAGCUCAUCACAGAUGAUGGGAUCCUGCACCUGAGCAACAGCACCUGUGGCCACGAGAGGCUGCGGGUACUGGAGUUGGACAACUGCCUCCUCAUCACUGACGCGGCCCUGGAACACCUAGAGAACUGCCGGGGCCUGGAGCGACUCGAGCUGUACGACUGCCAGCAGGUUACCCGUGCAGGAAUCAAGCGGAUGCGGGCUCAGCUCCCUCAUGUCAAAGUCCAUGCCUACUUUGCUCCCGUCACCCCACCAACAGCAGUGGCAGGAAGUGGACAGCGACUGUGCAGGUGCUGUGUCAUCCUCUGACAGCAGCUGCCCAUGCCCAAGGGGUGAUGGGGCGUCCCUUCCUCCAGAGAAGACCUGGGUCUUCCAGCCUACUCCAUCACCCCAAUCUGUUGAUUCUGCAUUGGGAAAGGCACUUACAGGUAAAAGACUUCUGUAUGGAUUACAGUAACUCUGGUGGUUUUCACCUUUAUUCUGCUGUGAUACAAUCAAAUCAAAGCCUUGUGUCAGUUAACACAUGGCAAGUGGUCUCACUGCAGCCAGGACCAUGCCAGAAACCUGGAUUUCAAGAGGUGGGUACCUACCUAGGCACAAAAGUCCUACCCUUGGCUUUAUCAGCAUUCCUCAAACAGACCAUCAGUGUUAGCACAAAUUGAGCAGAAAAAAUAAGCUGUUGAUUUUCUACCUGAUAUUUAAGCCAGUGGCCUACUUUAAUUCACAAUGAUUCCAUUUUGAUUAGCAGGACUUUUCCACUUUGAAGAUUAAAUAGCAACUUUAUCAAAGUGACUGUACUGCAAAUUCAUAAUGCCUGAUAGUUUUAUAUGUAGAGACCUUAUGUGGAAGGCAUGUUAAUAGGUUUCCAUGACACCAAAGAAAAGAGGACUCUAAACUGGGUGGAGCAGGGUCUUCACCUUUCUGUUUCUGUCAACUUGUCAUAUACACCUCCAGGGACCAAAAACUAAACAAAAGCAACUCAGAGUUUAUGUUGCCUGAUUGGAAAUUAUAAGCUCUGGCAUAUGCUACAGACAUAAUGCAUUUUUGUUAAAGGAAAAAAGCUAAUUAUGUCCACACCUCUCGCAAAAUUAGGGGGGACUUUAAAUAGAAUUAAGGCUUAAGUUACCUAUAAUAUAAGCAAUUAAAAAUAAUGAAUGGAUGCAUGUAGAAUGGAUGUGAUUUUCUUCAAGUUUAUUUUAAAAUCUUAGAAACCAGAUUACACCAGAACUAUUCAAAAAUUUUACACACUUAAAACUCAGAUCAGUAAAGUGUUGGCACCUUUUAGACUCAUAAUGUAAAAUUGAAUAAACCAUUGCAAUGCUUAAAAAAUUAAGUCAGAGGGUUUUAUUGCUAUGAUUUUAUGGCAGACAAAUCCAAGCAAAAUCAUUUUCUAAAUUCAGACCUUUCUAAUGUUAUCUGAAAUCUGUUAAGAUGACCUAUUUUCUGCUGUGGCUGAUUCUUGCUCUGUGCUGCCCACAUUUGUGAUCUUUAUUGAAGAUUAAGAACCUGUCACCAUCUUCAUUGAGAGCUUGGGUGUUAAAUGGUAGCUGACCCUUCCUAGCAACCACUCCCCAAACUGAAGUGAAAUGGCAAAAACAAGAUGUUUUCCUAUGACGAGCAAUACCUCUAGUAGAUGGACAGUUUCAGAAGCACUUUUAAGGACAUUAAUGCCUUGACUGCAUUCUAGGAAGAGAAAGCAGAUAUAUACUCCCAUAAAUUGACUCAGCAAGAUUAUCAGAAUAAACAUUCAAGUCCUGAUUAUUUUAUUGCCUUGUGAUAUACUCCAGUGCUCCUUGGUCUAAAAAUUGUGUGGAUACCAUAGCAGUUAUUUAAGUAAGUAUACGUUUAUACCACUGUUGGGGGGAGGUGGACUGAUACAGGAAGCCUGUUUAAAUAUGAAUUACAGUUUCUACAAAAAAAAUUAGCUCUUGUGAGCCAGGAUACAACCUAGCACAGCUACUGGACUCAAUGCUUAAUGCCCCACGGUGUCAUGUAUAAAAUAGGAGAAACUCUUUCAAGAAAAUCAGGCUUGCUUCAAGUGGGAAAUAGUUACUGGAAUAACCUGUUCUCAGGUCCCAUCAGCUUUGAGAAAAUAAACUGUGAAGCGAGGAGAACCCCCCCAAAAACAUGGGCCUAACCUCUUACAUAUAUGCUCAGAGCCUACACAGGGAAUUCCAUGACUUGAGGUGACACUAGCAGGAAUUGGGAUUUUAAAUGAGACACACAUUUGCAAAACAAUCGGAAAACAUUUAUUAUACUGAAAUGUGUACAUCCUACUAUUAAAAAAACAAAGUAACAAAUUUGCUGGUGCCAUAAUUUAUUUAACCUGUUUCACUUGGGACAGACUCAUGUUCAAUGCCACUCAGUGUAAUUUCAAGUUUGAUGAGCUUCUAAGUAUUUUUAUCCCAUUUUAAAACCUGACGAGGAAUUCAAAAUAGCACACAGCAUUAAAUGACAUUUAUUGUUCCAUAAAUCUUGAGACCGAAAAGGGAAUGCUAAAUAGACAAGCAAAACUCUAAAACAAGAAGAGAUGAGCUCACUUCUUUCCCAAGUGACUGGUAUGGAAAACAUGUGGUCAUACAAAAGCAAAGGGAAAAGGACAGAAAGGAAAGCUCUCCUCCUACAGGGUCUAUAGGAGUUACAGGUAUUUUCAAACUGAAGAUAAAAAUAUUGAGACCGUGCUUCUUUGUAGCAAAUAACCCUUUAUGAUUAAAACAUAAAAUGUCAAAGCUUUUACCCACUGCAGUAGUUUAUCUACUCAUUCCUAUUUUUGCCUGAACAAAGAUGAGGAUCAGAUAGUACAUUCAAAGCCAAAACACUUAGGUAAAUGGACAGAGAGAUGCCAUAAUUAAAAUGGAAUAGAAG